CAAAUUAGAAUUUAACUACAUAUAAAAAGAAAAUUAAAACUUGACUAAUUUCGCUUUAAUAGUAAGCUAUGGAUUUAAGUGCCUAUUCUUUGCCGAAAAUAGUUAAGGAAAAACGUGAGCGACAACCGAAUUGGACAGAACCUGAGAAGCAAUUGCUGCUUUCGCUUACGCGCAUGCAUCAAAGUAUAUUGGAAAAUAAAAGUAGCGAUACGAUGACUAUUAAACGUAAAUCUGAAGCCUGGGAUGAAAUUGCGCAAAAUAUGAAAGCAGUUGGUUACAAUCGCUCAAAGGAACGCCUUAAACAACAAUUAGGCCGCAUCCGGGCGGCAGAAGCUAAAAAAGUUAAAGAAGCCGUGGAAAAAGGACUAGCACCUGGCUCUAAUAUACCAGCUAUUACAAACGAAAAUUUGCCUGUGGAUAAUAGAGUAGAUACAAGUGUGCGCUCUUGCGCCGAAAAUCGCUUGGAAACAAUUUUCGACAAAUCGGCCGUUCUGCCAACACCGCUGCAAGAUGAAUUGCACAUUAAAGCUGAAAAGUCACCAUCUCUUGACGAAUACGAUGGCGAAUGUCUAAUGCAAGAACAUCCCACUCCGAUCUCAACAUCUGUAAGCAAUAAGGUGUCGGUUACUAGCGUUAGCAAAUCUUACGAGUCCAGCGUUAUGCAAGUUAUGCUGCACAACCUUGAUUCUUUAUCAGAAAUGAUGGAAGCGGGUGAUAUGAACAAUUCUUCCAAUAACAGUUCAUUACCUAGCGUGGCUAAUGCUACUCUUGAUUCUAACGUUAGGAACGCAUUCGCUGCUACCGCUGCCACAAUCGAUACUGCAACAACAACAACUGAGAAAACUGUACAUUUGCAGCAAAAUCAACAUGAAGUGCGCUUACAUGAAACCAACGUGCGCCCCGCAACGAUGGGCCGUCAGCGACGUCCUUGUCGACUUCACUUUUAUCGAAUUGCUGUUGAGCGGGAACGUUUGCGCACUUUGAAAUUGCAACAAAGGCGCGAUAUACUUGUCGAGCGGGAACGUUUGCGCAACUUGAAAUUGCAGCAAAAACGCGAUCGCGUUCUUUAUCUUAAAGAUGUACAAAUACAAAAUCUUAAAUUGCAAAUCUUACGUAACCUUACUACUCAGAAUCGUGAUAAUAAUCGUAUCAAUUUUUAA